UUCAAACCAUCAGUCGCUGAUAAUUCAACAAGAAAUCAACCAAAAAGCUCUCUGAGAACUUUUCCAAUAUGAUGCAGAUCAAGUACUUGUUCGCCCUCUUCGCUGUCCUGAUGCUGGUCGUCCUGGGAGCCCAAAAUGCCGAUGCCGACUGUCUGUCCGGAAGAUACAAGGGUCCCUGUGCCGUCUGGGACAACGAGACCUGCCGUCGUGUGUGCAAGGAGGAAGGACGAGUCAGUGGACACUGCAGCCCCAGUCUGAAGUGCUGGUGCGAAGGAUGUUGAGAACAUCAUGCCUUUUAAAUAUUUCUUAAAAUUCUGAUCAGAAUAUACUUAUAUGCUUCAAUUAUGAACAUCGAAUAAAUAAAAAUGUACAUUUAUAA